GCAGAGUCCUCCACAUCCACACGAUCCCAAAGAAAAAGAAAACACGAAACCCUAGCGCCGAAUCGCGAUCCCCUUUCCCCUCGCCGUCACCACGGUUCCACCCCGCAGAAGAGGCGCCGCCGCCCGAUCCGGUGCCGAUGCCGCAGAAGAGGCGCCGCCGCCCCCGCAGGAGGUCUCCCCGCGAAGGAUCCUCCCGCCGGCUCCGUGGUGAAGAUGGCGCAUCGUUGUCUGGAUCCCUUGUCGAAUCGGAUGGGAGCAGCAGCAGCAGCAGCCCGAGUUCCGGCUCACCGUCCCUCGACGACCCGUCGGACACCCGGUCGUCUCGCAGGUACGAGUCCAGGUACCAUGAGAUCCUCGCCUCGCGCCUUGCCCAACUGCCUCUACCAGCCUGCGCCGACGACGAUGGCCCAGAUCUCCCUUCUGAUGAAACUGUCGAAGCCCUCGUUCGUUCUUCUUUCUAUGAUGACGAGCUGCGGGCUGCUUUGGUAGAAUACCAAGCCCACAACUUCUUCUUGGGCGGACCAGACGUCCAGGGACGAGAUGGAGAUUCUGGAGAAUUUGAUUCCUCCUCAGUGAUUCACGAUGUCACCCAGGAGGAUCUCUUGGCAGACAAUGAACGGCUCAGGUCUCACAUACAUGAUGAAAUUGACACCGAGUCUCAAUUGGAUUUAGAGGAGCUGGACAGGCUCUAUCACAAGUAUGCACGAUAUCGCCUCAAAGCUUGCAUGUUGCUGAAAGGAAUGCCUAUUGACGAUGCUGCACUGGAAUGCAAGUACACUCCAGAGCUUGCCUUGGAUUACCUGAGUGAUGGAGCCUUCGGCUGGUGUUUCGACUUGGACCCCUGUUUACCCGCGUCCUUUAGCGACUAUCAGCGGCUGGUCCCUUGUAAUGAAGGGGGUGAUGAGUAUGAAAGUUGGAGUGAAUACCGAGAGUUUUAUAGCACCCCUGAAACUGAUAGAGAUUAUCUGCUGUACUGGGAAACGAUUGUGAAGGAUCUUAAGUGGAUUGAAGAACAUGUGCUUAAAGCCUUUUCUGAGUGGCAUGAAUUGCAUGAAAAAGCUUCGUGCCAAGCAGUUAGGAUUGCUGCUAGGUUCACAAGCAUUCAUCCGAGGCUAGCGUACUAUGGUUUCCUGGAGUAUAAACAGAGCACACGCUUUUAUCUCAAGUUCGUGAAAGAUCUCGACUCUGUGUUUUUUGAGAUUUGGAAGCUGGUCAAUCUCCAGAUGUCUUUUAGAGAUGCUAUGGAGCAUGUUUAUGAGGAGAACCCGUUUUCAUUACGCAAGCGUGAUUUGGAGCGCGAGCUGAGUCGCCCUGGCUCAUUGAGAUUGGAGGAACAAUUUCGACGGUGCACAGAGGGCAUCAGUAAGGAAGUUCCAGAGUGGAUAGCGCGUGAGUUAAUUUCGCAGGAAGUUAGAUUCAAGUGUGCUGUGCCAAAGACGUAUGCGCAGUACGCCAGGAAGAAGCUCAAGAUUGCAGAAGUCAUAGGAUUGAUUCCCGAGGCCAAGAUACCAACCUAGUGUGUUCGUUGCUGGUGUGGGUACUGUUGUCUUUUGGGAUCAGUUCCAGAAACAAAACUGUAAUAUCUAUCCCGACCCAAGGUGGCUACUCCCAUGUAUGGUUAAAUGCCUAUGUAUCUGGAUGUAUGCGCAUGUGAUUCAUUUGCGCAUCCUUGGAGCAAAUUGAUCAUAUUUUUACCCAACUAAAA